AGUAUUUGGAAGAAAUUUUCUUUGUACAUAAAAGAAACACAGCAACCAGGAAUAAUUAUCUCUGCCAGCAACAAUAACAAAAUCCGUGGUUUAGAUUUCUGCAAUUUUAAAGAGGUCACAUUUAAAAUAGUUGAUAUAAAACACAAAAAAAUUUAAAUUAUAGCUUUUUUGCAAAGUAAAACACAUUUUCUGUUCAAAUAAUAGCAGCAUAACAAAUACUCACGAACCAAAAAGUCAUGGCCAAUAAUUACUUGCAGCCAGUGAAUAAUCACUUCGACUUGAAUACAGGCGAUCUAGAAGAUGUAGAUGAUGAUAUUUUUUUAAAUAACUCUCGCUCCAAUAGCACUAUAUCGGGUCUUGAUAGUGGAAUGGAGGGUGCUGUUGGUGGUCGUAGCACCAAUCCAUUUGAUGACCCUCAACAAAUUUAUGCAGAAAGACGUAGAGAAAUUGAGUCUCGUUCAUUGGAGUCUACACAGCGCAGCUUAGGUUUGUUAUAUGAAACGGAAGAUGUCGGCAAAGCUACAGCAGCUGAGUUGGCAAAACAACGAGAACAAUUAGAAAACACCUCGCGACAGUUAGACGAAAUCAAUUCGACAUUGCGCUUUAGUCAACGUCACUUGAACGGCUUGAAAAGCGUAUUUGGAGGUCUUAAAAAUUAUUUAUCCGGUAAUCGUGAUGUACCUUUAACCCGUACACCGAGUACACAAAGUGGUGUCAAUCAAUUUGGGCAAAACCAGGAACCAAGAGAAACUACUGCUAAUAUUAGCAAAUCACCACCGCCUAUGUCGCCAACGGAACGUUAUAACGAUCAUCCCAUAAGUCGCAUUAGGGAUGACUCCACAGCAAUUAAGCAACGUGAACAAAUACAAGCCCAACGAAGCAAUAAUCCAUUCCAAACGCAAUUAGAAUCGAAUUUGGAUGAAAUGUGUGAUAAUUUGUCACGUUUGAAAUUUCUUGCCACCGAUCUAGGAAGUGAAAUCGAAUCGCAAAAUGAAUUAUUGGACAAUAUGAAUUAUAAAAUCGAAGAUGUGGACUUGAAGAUGAAUAAACAAAAUAAGGAAAUUAACAAGUUGUUGGGCAAAAAGUGAACAUAACUCUGUAAAAUGCAAAGAUAGAGAUAUGGACGCAAAACUACAAGUGCAGUAGCAUCCCUAUGCGAAUAUUUGUACAUUUAUGUUUAACAAUUAGUAAAUUCAUAUAUUUGGGUAGUCUUUAAAACUCGCGCAUAAAUAUUAGUCUUGUAUGCAUACAUUCAUGUAAAGUAUUCAAAUUUCAGUAUAAUAGAUAUUUUAUAAUGAAAGUGUGUACCUUUUUCAAUUUUUCUUUCCCGUUAUGAAAUAAAAAUAUUUUGUACUUGGAAAA